ACUUCCCUCUCGGCAUAUUGAUAUUCACAAUAUCACUGUCAGUCUAUCGGUGAGAGGUGAAAUGGCACAGCCAAGAGAUCAGCCCAGCCAGAAAAAUUAUCGCUGUUCCAUCUGUCUGGAUCUACUGAAGGAUCCAGUGACUAUUCCCUGUGGACACAGCUACUGCAUGAGCUGUAUUAAAAACCGCUGGAUAAGGAGGAUCAGAGGAAAAUCUACAGCUGUUCUCAGUGCAAGAAGACCUUUGAACCAGGCCUGCCUGAACAUAAGCACCUUGUUGGCAGAUUUAGUAGAGGAACGGAAGAAGCUGCCUGACGCGCUCCCGCAGCCUGUUCGCUCCUUCAUGUCCAGCACCAACGCCGGGCUCAGGUCACACGGCACCGAGCCGUUAGUUGAUAAACUCAAUCUGGACCAAUGGAAGGGGAUUACCAAAUACAGAACACACCUUGUCAACACCUCCUCCUGGAAAGGAGCACAACGUGAAACCACAUCCUCUUCACUUCCCUCUCGGCAUAUUGAUAUUCACAAUAUCACUGUCAGUCUAUCGGUGAGAGGUGAAAUGGCACAGCCAAGAGAUCAGCCCAGCCAGAAAAAUUAUCGCUGUUCCAUCUGUCUGGAUCUACUGAAGGAUCCAGUGACUAUUCCCUGUGGACACAGCUACUGCAUGAGCUGUAUUAAACACCGCUGGGAUAAGGAGGAUCAGAGGAAAAUCUACAGCUGUUCUCAGUGCAAGAAGACCUUUGAACCGAGGCCUGCCCUGAACAUAAGCACCUUGUUGGCAGAUUUAGUAGAGGAACGGAAGAAGGCAGAACUGGAGCGACGCCAGCCUCACUUUGAAGUUAUUCCACCAAAGAAACAAAAGCUGGAUGAGGCUUCUACAAAGCUUCAAAUCUGCCCACAUCCGUCUGAGAAGGUGAUGGUUUUCUGCCACACUGAUAACCAGUGUAUCUGUUAUGAGUGCGCUUUUACAUUACAUAGGGGCCACGACACUGUCUCAGCUGAAAAUGAAAGGGCCGAGAGGCAGAAAGAUCUCAAGGGGACUCGGCAAAACAACAAGGAAAGGAUCGAGAAUGGAGAGAAGUAUGAAAAGCUGCUUCAGAAGGAGGUGGAGGACAUCAGUCUCUCUGCUGAUAAAGCUGUGGGGAAUUGCGAGAUGAUGUCCACUGAGCUUGACCAUCUCAUGAAGAAAAACGCUGAUGUUAAGCAGCAGAUCAAUGAGCAUCGAAAAAGGGAAGUGAGUCGGGCCAAAGGGCUACAGGAGAAGCUGCUCCAGGAACUUGCCGAUCUGAGGAAGAGGGACGCUGAUCUGGAGCUACUCUCUCACAUACAGGACAACAUUCUGUUUCUACAUGAUUACUUCUCGCUUUCAGAUAUCAGUAAAUCUGCCAUCUUACCCAACAUCAAUACCCGCCACCUGCAACACUUUGAUGAUGUGACAAAAACAGUGUUAGAAGCCAGAGUUAAACUAAAGGAAGCAUGGAAAAGGAUCUCAGGGGAAGUGAGUAAAGUAGAUGUUUUCCUGCCACAAGACCCCAAGUUCAAAAUGGAUCCAAACACAGCCAGCAUGAAGAUGGUGCUAUCUGAAGAGAACAGAAAAGCCACGUCAGUCCAAGAUGAACAGUCAUAUCCUAGUCACCCAGACAGAUUCAUGAACAGGCCUCAGGUUCUGAGUAGCAAACGUCUGACGUCUGGACGUCAUUACUGGGAGGUGCAGUGGAGCGGCUUGGGAGUUGCUGUGGCCGUCGCCUACAAAGAUAUCGCUAGAACAGGAGAGGAAAGCAUCUUUGGAAACAAUGACAAGUCUUGGGCGUUGGAGUGUGUGACCAAAGGUACUACUAAUCAGGCUAAUUUCAAACAUAACUGUAACAAAGAAGAAUCUGAAAGAAUCAGUAAGAAAAUUCCCAUUUCUGGCCCUCAAUUCUCCAGAGUAGGAGUUUACCUGGACUACAAGGCAGGUGUUCUGUCCUUCUACAGCGUCUCUGAUACUACCACUCUCCUCCACAAAGAGGAGACCACAUUCACUCAGCCUCUCUAUGCCGGGCUGGGGGUUUAUUAUAAGGGGUCUACAGCGGAGUUUUGUGAUAAAACAAUAGUUGGAGUGGAUUAAACUCAGGAAACAGAGAGGGCCUGAUGCAACCUACACGAAAGUUUUUUCGUGUAGUGUAUAUGCUUACUUAUUUGUCAUAGUAUAGUUUGUCAAAAAAGGUCAUUUCAUAGCAUGUCAAAAGAGUGAUAUAAAAGUCAGUAUAUUAUGUCAAAACAAGUUUUUUUUAAAAAUCAGUAGGGUAUGUCAAAAAAAGUGAUAAAAAGUAAUUGUAUAGUAUGUCAAAAAAAUGAUAAAGUCAGAGUAUGUCAAAAAAGUGAUAAAAAGUCAUAUGAUAGUAUGUCAAAAA